AUGAAUAAUAAUGUCGUUGUUUUCAGUAGGGCCAAUCAAAGUGAUGAAAGUGAAGCAUCUUCUGCUUUACCUGAUCAAGUUGAAUCUUAGGUAGAUUAUUUGAAGACUAAAUUGAAAUUAUGCACUUAGACAUUAAAGACUUAGGAGACUCAGAUUAGGUAAUUGAGGUAGGAGAAUGAGAAGUUAAGAUAAUUGAAUGCGGAUUAUGUGAAUCAGAUGAAUCAAAUUGCAUCAGACAAAUAUUAGAAGAUCGAGAAAAUAGUUGUUACUCAACAAUUUUUUGAAUAGAAGAAUAUCGACAAGCAAUUGAAAGAUUUUAUAAGAAAGAUGACUUCUAAUUUUGGUGGUCUUGAAAAGAGUCAUGUUAAAUUGAUUGAUCAUUGCAAGGUGAUGGAACAUGAUUUGAAUUAUUAUAAGUAACGAGUGGUAGAUGCAGAAGAGAUCAUAGAGAAUCUUAGAAGUGUGGGUAAGAGCAGUGUUGCAGAACUAAUGGAUGAAUUGAAAGGACUAUAGAAUUAAGUGGAUGAUCUAACAAAUCAAUUGCAAAAGUCUUAAUUUGAUUUAGCAGUUAAAUAAGGGGAAUUGGAGAGGAAACAGUAGGAAUUGGACGAUUAAGUGGCAGAAUGUGAGUCAUUGUUACAUGAAUUGGAUGAUAUAAAGACGAAGUAAAAUAGGAUUCUUAGUGAUAAUAUAGAGUAGUAGAAUAAAGAUGCGAAGAUGAUUUAUUAAUUGAAAUUGAAGAGUGACUUUCUGGAACAUGAACGCAGAUUGGCAUAUUAAGAUGCUCAAAGUGCAAAUUAAGAGAAGAACAAUAUGUUGGCAAAGUAAUAAAACAUAGAGACAGAGUUGGAAGUGUUGAGAACGACAACAGACAAUUUCUUAAAGAAAAAUAAGCACAUCUUCAAUUUGGCUGGACUGCCUAAAGUGUAGUUCAAAUGA